UCCCAGCUUCCUGUGGGAAGAAGGCUCAUGACUCACCUUGCCCCAGCUGGGGCUGCCCACGAGGCCAGGUUAAAAGCAUGGAGUUGGGACCGCAGUGCACACUCUGCAGCUGCAGCAUCCCAGCCGGGACACAGCCACAGACUGAGAGCCACACGGGAAGACCCAGGCCAGAGACAGGGAGCAAGACCCAGGAAGCCAGGGACAGCCUCCAGGGCACGACCGAAUGCCCAGCUCCUCACAGACCCCAGAGAGCAGCAUGAAGCCAGCUGGGGGCCGCCUGCUCCUCCUGCUGCUGCUGCUGCUGCUGCUGGCCGCGGUGCUGACGGGAGCCCGCGCUCAUCCUGUGCCCAGGGCCACCAGGCUCCCACCAGAUGCAAAGGAUUGUCACAUAGCCCGGUUCAAGUCUCUGCCCCCGCAAGAGCUGCAGGCCUUCAAGAAGGCCAAGGAUGCCAUAGAAGAGUGGCUGCUCAAGAAGGACGUCAGGUGCAGCUCCCGCCUCUUCCCCCGGGCCUGGGACCUGAAGCAGCUGCAGGUCCAGGAGCGCCCCGAGGCCUUGCAGGCUGAGCUGACCCUCACAGUGAAGGUCCUGGGGAACGUGACUGACCCGGGCCUGGGCCCCAUCCUGGACCAGCCUCUUCUCACCCUGAGCCACAUCCAUUCACAGCUGCAGGCCUGUACUCAGCCUCAGCCUGCAGCAGAGCCCAGGCCCCCCAGCCGCCGCCUCUCCCGCUGGCUGCACAGGCUCCAGGAGGCCCAGGAGAAGGAGACCCCCGGCUGCCUAGAAGUCUCUGUCACUUCCAACCUCUUCCGCCUGCUCAUCCGGGACCUGAAGUGUGUGGCCAGUGGAGACCAGUGUGACUGACCUUGGACUCUCCCGCCAGCUGCAGGAGUUCUGCAGUGUGUGGACUCACCAAGCCCCUGCCUUAAUUUAUAGCCACUCAGGGCUUUUAAAAAUAUUUAUUUGUGUGUGGAGUCUUCAGACUCAGACCCCACAGAAUGUCUAUUUUUCUACUUUUGUAAACUUUCUACAAAUACAGAGUGAGAAAAGA